AAGCUGCUUUGGGAUGCACCUGUCCAAUUGUAAACUAGCUUGAAGGAAUGGCAGCCAUUACAAUGCAGCGGAUUCGGCCGUUCGCUGGCGUGACGACCACAUUUCCUUGCCGCACCCGCAUAGUAACACGUGCUCAGCUUAUAACAAAGCGGAAAUGCACUUCAAAUGAUAAAAUUGACAAGGCAUGGGCUGCAUCCUUUGGCGAAAAGCUCAGCAUGGCCAUUCCACUCUCGCUUGGGGCGUUGGCCGUGGCAGCACCGCGUGCUAUGUCUGAAGACUUAGCGACUAUGCCAACCAGCUCACCUGCAGCUACGGAUGAUGCGCUAUUGCUAGCUUUAAGUACCCCCAGCGGCAGCAUCGAGGAGCUCAUCGUGCCGCUGCUUUUUGGAGUUGUGGCACUUCUCCUAACCGUCGUAACUGGAGGGGCGGUUGAUUUCGGAGCCGUACAAGUCGGGUUCCUCGGAGGGUCGCUCCCGACUGGCAGCUCUCCUCAAGCCCAUCAUGUGGCGCAACAGCAAGGCGGUGCAGGCGCUAGAUCACCCUCUGCCGCCGCGGACACUGCAG